UUGUUUGCGUGCCGUUGUUCGAAACUCAUGUGUUGCUUGGAUUCGCGCGCGCCCUAACUCACAAGACUCACCGAAGAGAGCAGAGCAGACAGUAAAGUGUGUGCACGGGAAAAGAAGAAAAACAGUGUGUGGAGUUACGGUUGUUGUUUCUUCUUCUUGCUGGUGUUCUACGCGCGUCGUGGCUUGAAAGAGAGACGACGAAGAAGAAGAAGAAGGUUGAGGAGUUGCAAUAUCUCGGUGGAGAGAUUUUUGGACGGUGUUUUAUUUCUUUAAAUUUCGUGUUUUGAUUGAUUCGCGAGUGACGUAGUUUUACGCGUGUGAUUUUGUAGUUUUACAUACAGUACUGAGGAAGAAGUUUGAGGUAUCGUUCGCGAAGUUUGCAAGUUGAACACGUUCAACUUCCAGAGAGAGAUAGUACACACGAUCGAAGUAGUCUGUGUGUGUAUACGUGUGAGAGUGUAUUUGCGUACUGCGUGCAAAACAUUCUUGAUCGCGGACGGACGUAGAAUUCCACGUUCCAGUAGCGCCGGAGUCAGAAGAAUCUUCACCGCGCCAAGGUCUCCGGUCCAAGUCGGCGGCGACUGCUGACGAGAGGAGAAGAAUCGCUCUGCGCCAACUUCGACGACUUCUGCACCUUGACAUCGACGACUGCAGCAGCACAUCAGAACGGCAAUUGAAUAUUUUCCCCCAAAAAUGUUCAUUUUGUAAGUGAAAAGUGCAGAGACACCACGGACGUCACGUCGAACCACCGACCGGACUCAAAAUGCCGGUUUCCACGCGCAGCCUCCACCACUUCUCUCGCUAAGAAGCUGGACCAGGAGACCUCGCCGAGAAGCACCAACCCGACCACCAAACUAGGCAAUCGAAAAACGGAAAUUCGCCAAAUGACCAACAUGAAGCCACCGACGACGACGGAGGACUCCAAGCCACCGGCUUCGGCCAUGGCUUCGACCUCAACGCAGACUCAAAACGCCAACAACGGAUGUGGAAGCUCCCGGAUGAACCACCCUCCGUCCUACGCCGGAACUCCCAACGGCAGCAGCAACAACGGCUCCUCGUCGAACUCCGCCGCAGCAAGUCCCGGAUGUUUCAUCAAGCCGUCGCUGUCCCUGAACUCACUUCCCCCACAAGUUCCCCCGGAAGGCUCGGAAAUGGCCCAGAACCGACUGCGCAUCGAUCGACCCUACAACAGUCUCAAGAAAAAGCGCGACUCGGAGCGGGAGCUGUGGCGGAGAUCGUGGGGAAGUGGCCACAGUCACAGCUCGUGCAGCUUGCAGAGUAGCACGGCGACCGGAAUUGGGAAGGACGACUUUUGGGCGGCGCUGCAGACGAAUUACAACUUUAUCAUGGACACGAACCUGCUGGAUAGUUGUCGCGAGGCGCGCGGAGAGAUUGGUGAGGGUGGAGCGGCGGCGAGGAACGCCGGGGACGAGGACGACGAUGUGGACUAUUAUCAGAAGGCCAUGUACAAACCCUCCCCGAUGCAAACGUUCUACGGCGACCCGCGCCUGCUGCGCCAGUGGAUCAAGGAAAUGGAAACACGCAUCGCGCGGAUUCCGUCCGUCACGGAGACCAAGAAGCUGAACAUCGAGCAGUUGCUCAAGCUGUCUGGAGAACAUUCGGAAAUCUACCGUGAAAUUGUGUCCAACUCGCGUGCCGUGGCCGCGUGCGUUCGUGCCUACGAGAAGAAAUCCGCCAAGGCAAGCCGGUCCUCGUCCGGGACAAUCUCCGGCUUCGGCAGCUUGACGUCCUCGUCCACCAACACCACCGGAGAACCGUCCGGAUCGGGGUCGCUCACGCCGGAAGUUGUUGAGGCGUCGUCAGCGUCGUACUAUCGGAAGAACGGAAACGGAGACGGAAGAUCGGUUGCGGUGGAUGUGGCGGUGAAGCUUGGCAAGUCGAAGGAUAAUACGGUUGUGAAGGGACUCGAGAGACGGUAUCAUCUGCUGUACUUGAAGGCGAUUGAGAUUCAGUGCUUGCUGGAGGGGCUGCUGGAAAAUAGGACUUCGAGCUCCGACAACAACGCCAGUCUCUCGGACACAGACGAAGAACCGGUCAACAAGCUAGCUCGACUCAGCGGUUCCGUCAAAUCGUCCUCGCCCAAGUCACCUGGAUCACCACCACACGAUGAAUGUUUGAGUGGCGAAGAAUGGGUUAAAGCCAAAAAGUUCUCGAGCGCUGGUUUCGAUGCCGAUUCCGAGGGCAGCGACUGUGAGAUUGUGCCCAACAUUAUCAGUUAUCACCACGAACAUCGCCAUCCACUCAGUCCAACGACGACGACCGCGACCAACACGACCACCAACACACCGUCGACGCCCCCACCGACUGGCAUUUUGCCGCUGCCGGAAGCGGCCACCGCAGCAGAUUCGGUGACCCCAACAACGAACCAGCAAAACGCUUCUCCGAUGGCGGAAGCGGACAUUCUUAACCACUCGACGAUCUCGACGACGACGGCGGCGACUACGGCGACGGCAACUCCCGGCGAGGCCAAACUGUUCUCCGGGGCGGACAUAAUCGACGGAAUAAUCCGCGAGGCCGCCGCCAAGGAGCUGAUUGCAGCUGCCGCCGCCGCUGCUGCCAAACAAAGCAACGAUGAAACCCCCGGCCAACUGGGCAAGUCUUCCCCCGCAAAGAAGUCGUCCGGUUCCGGCAAGCAAAAGCGCACCAAGCUCAACGACCUGUCCAAGUUUAACCGCUCGACGCGCAAGUCGAAAAAUUGUGCCACGUUUUACUUUAAGCACUUGGACACGGACUCGGAGCUGAACAAGGACUCGAGCGAGCAGGCCAAAUCCGAGGAAUCGACGUCGUCGUCCUCGUCCUCCGAGGGGGACGAGUGGGUCUACAACGAUGGACAGGAGGAGGACAGCGGGGGUGGGUCGUCCGAUCCGGUCAUCCCGCUGGGUGGAACCGACGAGGAUGAGAAGGAAAACAAACCGGAAGAGGACAAGGACAAGGCGGCCGUGGCAACGGCAGCGUUGGCCAAGGAGGUCAAGUCGAAAAAGUGUUUGGACUUUUCGCAGGAAGCGCUGGCCGCCGCGGGGAUGAACCUGGGCAGCAGCCGGGCGGCGCUGAUGAUGACAUCGAUUGGGAGCUUUGGGAAGAGCAGCGAUUCGGUGGAUAGUGGAGGGCAGAAGGGUGGAGCGAUGAUCGGGUCGAAGCAAUAUGCAACGAGUUCGAUCCACAGGUUAGUGCUCCACGCCGAAACGCUCGUCCGGGACGAGAUCUUUGCCAAAAGCGCGACUUCGUCGCCGAAAACGGUGGUGAAAAGCCAGCAACAACACUAUCUGCACCACAACCAUCAUCACCACCAUCAUCAUUCAUCGCCGUCGUCCCAUCAUCAUCAGCAUCAUCACCAUCGGGGCAGCAUCAUCAGCAACAACAGCAGCAACAACAGUGCCAACAACAACAACCACAACAACUCGAGCGGCAACAACGCCACCGGUAGCAAUAGAAGCAAGCAGGAGAAAGUGAUGAGCAACCACAAGAUCAACCGGAUCGAGGAAUGGCUCGAAAAGCAACCCCUCGAUGUCGCCGCCACCGCUCCCCUCCUGCCCGGUUCCGGCCCCACCACCGACUGCGAAGCCUCCGGCGAGUACACCGACUCCGACUCGAUCACCCGCGACACGGACAGCUCCGAGGGCCUCGCCAACUCGGUAGCAACGUGCCUCCAGGGCGACCAAACCUCGCAGGAGAUCCUUAACUCGACCGAGCACGUGUACCGGUCAGACCCAUCGAACGUCUCAAACGACGACGGCCAGGUUAAACGGCGCGUCCGGGAUAAACCCGCGGCCGAGCGACCCUGGUCCGUUUCGUGCAUUUCCCAGCUGAACACGUCGGCGGUUGAGAUCAACCAGUACGGGCCGGGAGGUCGUCACCACGAUGCGAACGCGAAUCAAAACCGCUUCCUGACGGCCACGACGGGCUUUUCCAUCUCGGAAUCUGCGCUGAACACAAUGUCCGCGGUUCGGGGGUCGAUGAAGAGUGGUGGUGGCGUAGGAGGGAGUGCUGGUGGAGGAGGUGGAGCUGGGGGAGGAGGAGUGGCCACGAGCAGCAGUGGCGGCGGAAGUCAGCAGCCGUUGAUGGUGAAGAGUUCCGACAGCAAGGGUUCGCUGAAGAAGCGAAAGAUGCGGGCCAGGCGAAAGACUAAUAUCGUCGAGUCCGGUUCGGACGAGUCGAUGCCACCGACGUCGCAUCAGUCUUCGGCGCUGCACCUUCUCCAGCACUCGAUCAUUCUGCAGCACCAACAGCAGCUUCUUCAGCAGCAGCAGCAACAACAACAGCUGUCCCAGUCGCAACCCCUGCGGGAGAUUCAACUCUCGGCCGGAGGCGGAGGAAGUAGCAGCGGCGGAAGUGGCGGUCAUCGUCACUCGCAUCCCCACCCCGCUGCCUACCAUCAGUACAGUGGCCAUCAUCGGAGCGCCGGUCUGCUGCUCAACAAGUCCGAGUCGUUCUCGGGCCGGAUUCGGCUGGCGGAUGACCUGGUCACGCUGUCGUCGCUGUCCGCCGGGUCGUCUGGAUCGGGUCGUAAAUCGUCCUCUGCACGGCAGACGACGAGGACAGCGGCCCCAACGACCGUCAACUCGUCCGCCGCCGCCGCCAUGACCAAGUCCGGACCGGAUAGCGAAGAAGAGCAGCACCGCCGGAACAGCAGCAGCAGCGGCGGAGAGCAGACGGCACCGAUGGCGAAGCCCAACUUCAAGAUCGGUUCCGUGGCGCGGGCCCGCUGCGGAAGCCUCAAUCUAGGAUCAUUAGCCGCGUUGGCUAAUUAUAAUCUAGAUAACGGAGGAACGGCCGGAGGAGUCCCGGGAGUGGUAGCAGGAGUGCCAGCAGUCCCACCGGUUCUGGAGACGGACCUUAACGGCACCGGAACGGGCACGGAGGAAACGGGCAGCUUCUCGGAGCAGGCGUGGGACAACUACCAGGAAAAGUACAUGAGCGAACCGUACUCGGAGGACCGGGACACGGACGCGGCCCGCCGGCUGCUGGACUUUGGUGACGACUACCGGAACUUUAUCGACUCGCAGUCGGACUGUGCGUCGUCGUCGCUGUCGGCGGCCAACAUGGACUCGCUGUCGCCGCCGAGGUUCCGACGGACGGGCACGGGAGCGGGUGGCGAGUCGCUGCUCAGCAAGCAGGGCUCGUCCGAGUCGAACGUCAACUCGCUGAACCGCCGGAAGCGGCUGGACGAGUACCGGAUGGACGAUCGAUACAGUCACAACAUGCACUCGUGGUCGAGCAAAUCGGGCAGCCCGCCGGGAGGCAGCUACGGCCACCACCACCUCCUGGACAAGACCCUCACCGGCAGUCUGGGCCGCUCGGGCAAGCACAGCCACGGCAUUCUGUAUGAGAGUCCCGACCACCUUCACCACCCGGGCGUUACGACGCCCCCCGGCGGUGGCCAGCAGUUGAUGGCCGGUCGCCGGCGGUCGCUCCGGUCCGUCGACAAGCACAACUCGUUCCUGCGGUCCCUCUCCCACGAGACGAGCUCGAGCUCGAACAACGAGUUCGACGAGGACAUGGAAGCCGAGGUGAAGAAGCUGCUGAUCCAGAGCAAGGCCCGAUUCGCAAAUACGGAGGCGCUUAAGGGCAAGUCGCACCUGCUCAAGCCGGAGGACUACGACGAAAUCAUCAAAACGUGCCGCGAGAACGUGCGCUGCCUCGAGACGGUGCUGCUGUCCCAGCCGGGAACGGUGCUGACGGCGGCCAAGUGCCAGGACUUGCGAGAUACGAUCCACUGCUGGGAGAAGCUGCUGAGCUGGAGCGAACGGCGCCAGAUCACGACCCGCUUCCAGAAGGACAUCCAAGACCUCAAGGAUGGCCUGGACGAGCUGGGCAGCAAGGCGUUCGACUUCUCGUCGGAGGCCCACAUCCAGCUGGCCAUCGAUCAGCUGAAGAACGAACGCAAGGUGCUCCAGAACCAGCGACCGAAGAUGCUCACGCUGAACGCGACCGUCCACAGCUGGGUUUCGCAGCAAGAGCUCGCGCGGAAGGAACUGCUCGAUCGGUGCGCCAUCGACUCCCAGCUCGAGCAGCUGGACCGGGAGAAGAACUACUCCAAGUGUCCGGACCAAAAGUGCGGCUGCUGUUACGACUGCUUGGCGGAGUUGCGGGAGGACUGCACGAUCAACCGGGAGCUGAAGGACGGAAUUGGCCAACUGUACGGCACGUGGGAUGAGGCGGAAAUUAGAAUCAAAAACCGAAUCGAGAAUCUGACCAGUUCGAUGAUGACCUGGAAGCAGCUCGAGGACGGUUUGAGUGACUUUCGCGACAUUCUUGAUCGCGACCGUGGGAAGCUCCAAGGCCUCGAAGGUGCUCUUGCCCAGCAGCAAACCGGCAGUGGCCGAAGCACCCCCGCCGAAGUGGCCAACAGCGUCCGGGAGGUGGUCAAGGCUCUGUCCGAAAAGGUUGAGCCUCUUUUUCAGGAGCAUAACAUUUCCAUUCCGGUCAAUCUUAAGCUGUCGUCCAGUGGUUCUCUGUCUGAUUCUGGCAUUUCCGAUGGUGGUGGCAUGUCUGAUGGCAGCCUAUCGGAGCGCGAGAAGCGACUGAGCGCGUUGAAGCGGCUCGUGAAGCAGCUCGAGGUGUCGCUGGCACCGGGCUCGGAGGCGAUGCAGACCAUCACGAAGCGGCUGGAGAUGGCCGAGCAUGAUUUGCGGUCGCUGCAGAACACCUGCCGGAAGAUUAUCAUGAACGAGAAGGGGCUGGCAGGGGAUGGGGUUGAUGGACGGCAGGGUGAGGGAGUGGGAGUGGGAGGAGAAGGGGUGGAGAGUGAUCGAGGGGAGAGCAGCAGAAAUAACAACGAUGUCAGUGUGAAGAACAAAAAUAGGAAAGGAAGCAAAAAGAACCGCCCCUCGAGUCCCGCCAAAUCGGACCGCUCCAAGUCUCGCUCGACGCAAUCGCUGGACGCCCACACCGACUCCGAGGACUUCCCAUUCCCGCCGCAGGUGGAAACGCUGGCCGAUCCGCACCAUCACACCCAGCACCAGCACCAGAACCACCACUCGCAACAGCACCACCAAGCGGCCACCGCCCAGCUCGGUCUCAUCCAGACGACCAAGCUGAAGCUGUCGCAGAACCGGUGGGUGUGGCGCAUCACCAAGAUUGCCGUUCCGGUGCAGCUGGCGCUGGUGCUGGUCAUGUGCGCCGCCUGUUUCUUCGAGCCGCACUGCUGCGACGCCCUCAACACGUACUCGAUGAGCUUCACGCCGCAGCUGCGCUACAUUAAGGGACCGCCGCCGGUUUAAGAGGUGACCUGUGUGUUUUUACUAAGAGAGUACUUUUUAUUGUUUUGUUUUGUUUUUUUUGAGGGAAAUGUUUUUCCUUUGCAAACUCGAUCGCAUGCGAGGGGAAAACGAAACAAUGUUGGUUCAACUAAACUAUUGAUUUUAAAAAAGGGAUAAUUUUUAUAUCCUGGAGAUAUACAGAACAAGAGAAGAAGUUGUGCAUUAUUAGCAGCUAGCGUUUAAGGAGAGCUCCUUUUUUUAUUUGCAACUAUUUAUACCAAGAACACAAAUUUCCUUUACUUUGCGAGCGUUCGAUUUAAGGUGGAAUAUUUCAAAAAUAUUUGUACCAUAGAAAAAGAAGAAAAGCUUAUUUUAUAUUCCUAAGAGAUAUGUUUUCACUACUAUUAUUACUUAUGAUUGUUUACUUAGCCAGUAAGUGUAAGAGAGAAAUACAAAAAACUUACUUAGCGAACCUUCUUCGUAGUGUUCGUACUAAUAUUAAAUAAGUGUGAAAGAAGGAGAAACAAAUGAGUGCCUUCUUUAAUGAAAAUAAAACUACCAUUUCUAUCAUUACCAAUAUUGACAAAAAAAAUUGAACGAUAAUAGCAUUAAUCGCAAAACAAAAACAAAAAGUGAACGUUCCUCUUAUUGCAAAUGAAAAAUAUCUAACAUAAUUUCAAUACCCAAAAUUAUCCCCAAAUCGCACUAACUUAAGUUGUCGUGCUCAAACCCGCAACCGCAAAUACUGCCGCCCCGGCCUUCCUUCGGCCAAGCGUUUUGUUGUGCGUAACAAACUAACUUAAUAUUUUUUUGACUAACCGAUAAAAAAUAAAAUAUUUAACACACACAAAUUUGUGCCGUCUCGUCCUUAAUGAUUUGUAAAUUUCUGUAAACUGAUUCGUCUCGUUAACCUGUGUACUAUUUUCAAAACAGAACCUUUUUCAACUUGUACUAUAUAUUACUAUUCCUUAAUUUUUUGUGCAAAUCUUGCUCGAAGUGCUCCGCAAUGGAAAUACAAAUUGAAAUGUUAAUAAAUAAAUGAAAACAUGCAAUAUAUUACUGAAAAUAAAGAAAGAAGAAAAAUAAAUCGGAAAUAAAUGUUUAUAUUUUUAAUAAAAA